GGAUGUUGUAAAGUUUCAACGCAUCCUUCAGUAUGUCCUCCACAGCUACCAUCAGGAGGUGAAGAAAGUCAUAGAUGCGGCUCAAGGUAGCUGGGAGAGGUUCAAGGAGGGGAUGCAGAGGAAAUACCGCCUAGGAGACGGGUUGUUGGCUACCACGGAUCUUGAAGCGAUGAACAAAGAGGAUUUUACGACUAUAGGGGCCUUUGUUCAAGAAUUUAAGAAGAGGGCGCGGAAGCUCCAUGGGAUUUCGGAGGAAGCACAGUGCGCCAUCUUCCUGGGGCUACCCACAGCAUCGGAGGCCGUCGAGUUGACGAGACAUGGAGGAGGUAGCACUAAGCUCAUGUGGGCCACCAUUGGCAGAGGGGUGGAAGUUGGGUGCUUGGACCAGGUGGAACAACAUCAGGUACGCCUGCAAAGGCAAAAGAGAAAGGAAAGAGAUGCGACCGCUUCUGGGACCCCGGGAGUAACAAGGAUUGUUACAGACGUAUUGGCACAGCUAGGGUAUGCGACAGAGCUAGUGGUGCAAAGGAGGGUGGUGACGACUGACAAAGUAAAAAGAAAAGAGCCAGUGAUAGAGGAGGCUGGUCAGGAGGAGCUCUGGGAAGAGGAAGAGCCGGUGCCGCAGCACCUGACGAAGGUCCAGCGCAAAGCAGCGCGAACGAGGAAUCAAGCCAAGGCCAGUAUCAGCCAAGAGCCUCCAAGGAGGGAACACGAACCAGGGAGAAGGAAAGAAACUGUGGAAGUAGAGGACGACGAUGAUGAAGAGGAAGAGGACCAGAGGCUGCGCAGAGAAGAGGAUCAGAGMGCGGAGCAGCGGGCAAGGAAAAAGGGAACCAGGGGAGAGGCCGAACCGGUCAUACAUGACGGACCGCCCAAAAAGAAGAGGUACGYGGUCCGGUUGGAAGAGGGAUUUGACGUAGAGAAGGUGAUUGACCGACUGCUGGAAGGGCAUAAUGACCUCAUAACCCUGAAGGAAUUCAUAGCGUCAGCCCCGCGACUCCGCGAUGAACUAAAGGGGAGGUUAUCACGGCGCCUGGUGCCCAAUGUCCAUCUGGGUACGAUCCUGCCCAAGGAGGCAGAGUGGGCAGAGUCAGGUACGAAGAUGGACUGGAAGUGCAUAGCCUGCGAUACGGUGGAUUUGAUGGUGAAGGGUUCCAAGUGCGCAGCAAUGGUGGACACCGGGGCAGAGAUGAACAUUAUUCGGGAGGCGGACGCGAUCAGAUCCGGGUUGGAUAUAGACCGUUCUGACUGUGGUAUUCUGCAUGGAGCCAGUUGUAAGGCCAUGUUUUGCGGGACAGCCUCGAAUGUGCUCGUCGAGGUUGGAAAGGUGAAGGCCAGGGCGUGCUUCUUCAUAAUGCCAGACGUGGACCAUGGAAUCCCUCUGGGGAGGUCAUUCCUAAGCAGGACAGAGACCGUGAUGUUCAACAAACAUGAUGGGACGUUGAUCCUCCUCUUAUGCGAUCCUGCCUGUGGGAAUUAUGAAAUAAUUACUUGCAGGAACACCGGGCCAAGGAGUAUAAGGAACCGGCCCAAUCCAGGAUCAUUCACAGUCGAGGAGUCGGAAGGGGAGCGCAGGAGGCUCUGGGCAGAGCCCGAAGCAGGAGAGAGGGUGGAAGCAUUUUUCCUCAGCCUGUCAGAUGUUGGGAAGGCCAUGGACCUGGUGGCCGCGCAUGAGAUGGCAGAUCCGGAUGCCAUCCAGGCCUUGAGGGAACAAGUUCUGGAAUGCCCUGAGGCRGGAAGGUUGGAAUUGAGACAGGCAGAGAGAGAGGCGUUCGAGUUUAGAGCCCCUACUGAGCUCGCGACGCUGCCAGUGGCGGCGGCAGGCCCAGUCGUACCUUUGGCUGUAGAGGAGGGGCUGCCACCAUCUAGCAGUGAGUCGGCUCAGGGCUCGGCAGAGGGAUCCAUGGGCGUGCUCCUUGAGGCGGUGCAUACUAUGCAGGAGGAGGKGAGKUUGUUUUCACCUGAGCAGAGGAUAGAGGAGCCUCUUGAGAGAGAGAUAGAGAUUGAGGCGGAGAGUGCCAUCGAGAGCAGGCUCCAGAGGAUGGGCACGCCUGAGUAUGGGCCAGAGGGGAUUGAGGAGCAGCCUAUGGCAGUGCCAGGAGAGACACUCGAGAAGAAACCUCAGAGGUUGGACACACCUGAGUACGUCCCGGUAACAGGGGAUUUGAGGAGCAGACUGGGGUUUUGGGCUACAGGAUCUGGGUAUGGGGGACCGGUUCCUGGGACAGAGCAGCAGGAGGUCUUUAGUACCGCAGCUCCUCAAGCAGAGCAGCAGGGGGUUGUCAGUACCUUGGCAGGAUCUCCUUCGUCACCACCUCCUCAGCCCAGGAAGAAGAAGUUCAAGAGGAAGAUUGAUCAGCUAUGCUUCUACUACAAAAGGGGCGUGCAUCUGGCUCUGGACUGUCUCGAGUUCCUUGAGGAUAAGGCAGUAGGGAAGGUCUCAGAGGUAGGGGGUAAGAUGUAUGAUAGACAGGGCAGGAUAGUAAAGAAGUCUGCAGAUGGACUUAGGGCUCAGUUAUAUAGGCAAAACCAAGAGGAGUUGAGGAGGUAGGGUCCGGUUGUCUAUGUAAGUGGGCGGGUGUCUUGUGAGGCAUCAACUUAG